GGCGCUGACGUCACGGCCCGGGGGGCGGCGCCAGCCUCGAGCCCCGGGAGCGGCCGGGGUCCGCGCGCGACUUGCUGUGGCUUCGCUGGUCCCGGUGCAGCUGAGCUCCCCGCGCCCGCCGCGCACAGUCGGAGCCUCCGCGGGACCCAGCGACCCCCGAGCCGCCCCGGGAGGGUUCAUGCAGCUGCAAGCUCACCGAGCGCCAUGGCCAGACCACUGCAGGAGGGGAGCCGCUCUGAGCCGACAGCCGCCCUGCCCGGGGACCCAGCCUUCCUGCUGGGGGGGCCGGUGGCCGUGCCGCCCGCCGUCUGCCCGGGCAGCCUCGCCCUGCCACCCCGGCUGAACUGCGGCCUCUGCCCCGACGGCCCCACUCCCUGCUCGCUCUACCGCUGUGUCCGGGGGCCGGAGCCCCCCAGGAGCCGCAGCGCCGGCCGCGGUGCCCGGCGCUGGGACGCCCCCGAAGCUGGCAGGACCAGGGGCAGCAGGGCACAUGGAGAGCUCCAGCCCAUCCAGGAUGAGGGGCCCAACAGAGAGCAGCCCCCCAUAGAGCCAGCCCCAGAGGGCGCCGUGUCCAACGGCCGCCUCCCCAGGGAGCCCCUGGACCCGGAGCAUGCGCUGGGGGCCCAGCUGCGGCGCAUGGGAGACGCCUUCCACCAGGCCCACGAGAGGCAGUGGCGGGAGCGGCAGCGACAAGGUGCCCUCUGGGCCCGUUUCUACCACUUCAUCUCUCAGCUGCUGGGCGCCCUCUACAACAUGCCCGUGGACGUGAUGGCCGAGCUGCAGCCCAACUAGCCCGCCCAGGGGCCGGAGCCGUGGGGGGAGACCAGCCCCCAGCGCAGACUGCGGAGCCUCUUGGCAAAAUGUAGCAACUUCCAGAGCACAUAACUGGUUCUCGUAACCAAAAAUCCCCCCCCCCCCGGGCAAGCCAUGGCUCCUGCGGGCUGGGCCCCAGGCUGCUGCCCCGACCGCGGGCACUGUCUAUUUAUUUAUUUAUUUCCAAGUACUGACUGGGAGCCCCGCACGGCAGGGAUGUGCCCGCAGGGCCCCAUGAUGGGGAGUGGCCCCUGCAGACGCAGCCCUCGGCUGGUGCUCCAGGGACUCAGCCCCCCCCCACUGUUCCUCUCGGGGAGCGCCACGUAACUGUGGCGGGGGGGCACAUGACAGCCCCAGGCAUUGCCUCUGCCUGCACCCCGACUCCCCUCGGGGCAGCAGGAAGCGCUGGGGCUCCAGCAGCAGGGAAGGCAAACUAUGAAGGGGGGCUCAGCCAGCCGUCCCUCUGCUCCCUCCCUGCCUGCACUGCAGGGCAAGCUGCUGCCUCCUGACCGCUGGGUGUCCUGAGAGAUCUGGGGGAGGGGGACCUGUGACCCCCCAUGCCCCUGCCACAUUGGCUCUGGUGCCACCCCCUCCCCGCGCACAGGUUGCUGGGGGGGGCGCUGCUGCCAGGGCUUCAGGCAUGGCCAGCCCAGAGCUCUGCCUUGCCCCGGGGGUCAGGGCAGGUGAGGCCCUGGCCAAGGUUCACCGCAGGGGGAGCGGUGGGUGCGCUCAGGUGGGCGGGGGAGUCCUGGGGUGGGGGGUGGGGGUGGCAGUCGCACACUGUAAAUAUUGCACCGAGUGGCACACUGUACAGGGGGAGAGGUGCUGUACAUACGGGGACACUGUACAUAGGGGGACGUGCUUGCUGUACAUGACCAGUGGCUUUUUUUUUGUACGUUUCCUUUUCAAUAAAACUGGAUUUAAGCAAA